ACCAGACGCUCUUCGUCGGCCGCCUCGGGAGAUUCACACGGAACCUCCAACCUUACGCUCGAUAGAACAUGUCGGCGUGGACCGUAUCCGCCGCCGCGCCCGUCGCCGGCGCGCGCCAUCUGGCCGCUAAGGGUCGCGUGGCACCCACUCGCGUCGCAACCUCCGCCGCGCGCGUCGCCCCCGCCCCGACGCGCGGCGCCACCCUUCGAGUCUCCGCCGAGGCCUCCGAGAAGAACCUCGAGGUGAUGCGCAAGUUCAGCGAGCAGUACGCCAAGGGCAGCGGCACCUACUUCUGCAUGGACAAGAGCGUCACGGCUGUGGUGAUCCAGGGCCUCGCGGAGCACAAGGACACGCUGGGGUCGCCGCUGUGCCCGUGCCGGCACUACGACGACAAGGAGGCCGAGGUCGCUAGCGGGUUCUGGAACUGCCCUUGCGUGCCCAUGAGGGAGCGCAAGGAGUGCCACUGCAUGCUCUUCCUCACCGAGGACAACGACUUCGUGGGCGACGAGCAGACCAUCACCAUGGAGGAAGUCGUCGAGCUGUCGGAGGGCAUGUGAACCCUGAGUGAGUGAUUGAAUCGCGACGAUCGAGGCGGUCGCGGCGGUGGGCGAGUGGUGUUUGUUCGAUUGAUUGAUUCUUGCGGCGUCCGGGGCGCGGGGGUUCGCCGGCGGGACGACCUGUGCUGUAGUAACCCUUACAAGUGAAGACUCUCCUCGAA